AUGUCUCAAGCUCGUGUAACAGAUUUCUUUUCCCAGAGGAAGAAAAGGACCGCCGAUUCUGUUAUAUCUUCAAAACCCAGAACGACCAAACCAAGAGCUGUCGCUUCUCCAAACGAAGACCUUGUCCCGACUUCAUCCACAAGCGAAGUCCGAGAUGAGUUUAUGCGAACUAUCGAUGCGGCAGCUAGGCUUUCCGAAGGAGAGUCGUUCACUUUUAAGACGCAAAAAGAUCAUCAAGAUAGUCUCCAGACACCAAAACAGACUUCGCAGAUUACAGAACUCGGGACGAAAAAAAAAUUGGAUCCCAAAGAACAGCUAACAGUAAAGAAGAGACGACAAUUAGAAGAUUAUUCUGACGACAAAAUUAAGAUUCAAGAAAAAUCGACAAGAACAAUGGGAAGGAAAUGUGUACUCUCGCGUCGAAUACAAAAGGCUCAUUUUGGAGAAUAUGUGUCCCGCCACAGUUCUUUACUUCAGAGGAUCAAAAAACAAGCCAUUGAGUUGGAGACUGCUGCAUCAUCUGCAUCCGUAGCAACACCAUCGGUUUCAUCCUCCAUUGCUAUGUCAGCUGUGACUCGAGCAAAAGAACUUGCAGCUAAAAUUAAGGAGAGAGACAGAGAAGAUGAAAAAAUACAGGAAGAGACACAAGCUCACGACAGUAUUCAACAGCCAGCAUACCAUCAAUAUCACAAUCUAGCUCAGGACACUCCACCAGGCCUCUCCCUGCCUCUGAAGUUCAAAGUACUCGCUGAGAUGUUUAGAAGUAUGGACACCGUGGUUGCCAUGCUGUUCAAUCGUUCGGAAACGGCUACCUUCUCCAAGAUCAAAAAGGGAGUUCAGGAUAUGAUGCACAAACGGUUCGAAGAACACCACAUAGGCCAAAUGAAGACUGUUUUUCCUGAGGCCUACAACUUCAGACAGGAAAAGAAUAUCCCGACAUACAACAACUGUAUUAUGCAGGGAAGCUACCAGCUAACUGUGGAACCUGCCAUGUUUUGUGGACAAAAGGAAGGUCAACGCAUCUUGACAGCCUCUGAUCUUCUGAAGAGACGACACACCUUCCAUCGCAAUCUCAUUUCCAUUGUUAAACACCACCAUAAGCUUUUCCUCUCCUCGUUAGUACCACCAGUAUGUGUGCCUGAAGACAAACUGACCCGAUGGCACCCCAACUUCAAUGUGGACACUCUACCAGCUGUGCAAGCAAGUUUACUCCCUCAGCCUCCUCGCAUUGAAAAACUUGCAACUGCUCAGGAGGUGUUAGACAAGGCCCACUCAGUCAUCACGCCAAAGAUGGAGAAAGCACUGGUUUCUCUAGUGCACAAGACAGGAGCAGGUAAAAAAGAACAAUGCGAAGAGAAGCCUCUGCAAAAUGUAAACUGCACGCACGCAUCUACUUCACCUCAUAUUCCAAAUGCCCUGAAUGGAGUGUCACAGUCCUUGUUGGACAGAAUUCGAGCAAAGGAAGCCCAAAAGCUCCAGGCGGCUAUGACUCGAAGCCCUUCCCAAGAUGAGCGUCUCCUGAUGAUGUCCAGGCUCGGGGAGCUAGCUAGGAUUCUUAGAAACGUUUUCAUAUCUGAAAAAAAAACUGCUUUAACUAUUGAAGUAAUUUGUAACCGGAUGAUCACCAGCUACAGAUCUGCCCUCACAACAGGUGAAAUGGAGAAACACAUCCAAUUGCUGGCAGAGCUAAACCCAACCUGGCUUUCCUUACAUCCAAUCAGGAAGGACUUGUACCUAAAAUUGAACAAGCAUGUGGACCUCAGUGUCAUUCUCGACAAAUUAAAUUGCAGCCUUAGAGAGGAGGAGAGACGAAGUGAAACACUGAAAUCAGGACAUGAAACAUCUUAA